AUGCGAAGCUGGAAUCAAAAGAACCUUCACUUCUCCGGUACUAGCCGACAAGAGACUGAGAUUAAAGACAUCUUGUACUCUCUGGCAACGGACAUAAUUCCGUUGGAAGAAAGCGUCGUUGAUGGAGACAUCCUUACAUACGUUCCGUAUCAGCUGCAACAUGAUUUCAAGCUGUUGGAACGGUCGGAGGAGACCCAUAAGGAGAUUCAGAUUGCUCUGUUGAACGGUGCAAAUGGAAUGUUUCGAUGGGGAGUGUGCCAGCUUGAUGCCAUUCGAGUUUGCAUGAGACUUGGUCUUCUCCGAAAAGCUUCACGGAGCCUUCCUAAGACAUUGGAUGAGACUUAUGCUCGUAUAACGACCAAAGUUCCUAAAGAACACGUCGAAGACGCUGGCAGGAUACUCUCCUACCUGAUACGUGCGUUUGGUCCAGUCACAAUUGAAGAAGAUGCCGAGACUACGGGCGCCGAUGUCAGUGCAGCCAGACAUGGGAUUGAUGCGGCGAUUCUGUACGGACCAAUUCUCCAAGGGAACAUUGACCUGAUGAUCACACUCCUCGACGCAGGCGCAGAUCCUAACGGAGAUGACAAACCGGAAACCCACUUAAUUUUGCACUUCGAUGGGGGCAGGCUGCAAUGCGCCAAGCUGCUCAUCGAACGUGGAGCUGACCUGGAACGCAUAGGUUUCUGCCUCAUUUCCGCUCUAUACAGCCAGCGUGACAUGAAAGGCUUUCGGCUUUCUAUGGAGUUAGCGCUCAAAGCGAAGCCCAAUCUAAACACUGAAUUGCUGUCAAUUAUACCAGCGAACCACGGGCACAGCAACUUCGUCAUUCUAGUGCUCUUGACUGGAACUGCGCCAAAUGUUCAGGACGAAGACGGCGUUACAGCAAUACAUGGCGCAGCCUUUACGCCUGCAAACAGCACUCAGAUAGUUGAGCUAUUGCUUGAUGCCAAUGCCAAUGUACACGGUGGACCUUUUGGGGGUACUCUUCAAGCAGCAGCGUUGUCAGGAAAAGCCAAACCCAUCUUGAUUUUGCUCAAGCGUGGUGCCUUGCCUGAUUAUACAGGAGACUCAUAUGGUACGCCCUUCCAGAUCGCACAAAAGAGGCUCAAAGACUUGGAGAGAGUGCUAUAA